UGUUUGGACUACUUUCUCUCACUCCGUCCACGACUUGAGUUUCCUUAGGAGAGAAACCUGUUGCAUUUAGUUAGUGUUUUAUCGAUUACGAAAUUUUUUUCCCCCUCGCCGAGUUCAUGUUGUGAAUUUGCAUCCUUACAACUCCCGAGUCAUUCAUUAGUGUUCUACCGAAAUGGAAUUUGCGAUCCAUGGUGUAAUUUAUCUGCCCAACACUCGUUGAACACUCGAAUUUUGUUCAAUUUGUUUUUCCUACUUCACGGAUUAGAUAAUUGUCUGUCAUUUGAAGGACAGGUCUGCCUCAUUCAUCAGGAGUCGUGUGUCUCACUAGAAGAUUAUGCAAAAUAGUAAGGGAAACGGUGAGGACGAAAAAACAGAACCCAAAGAGAACGACAAGUGGAUGGAGAAUAAUGACCACGAGAAGGACUUGACCCCAAAAAAUUCGAGGGUGGACGAAUGGAGGGGCCGAGCUAAGAAAUUCGCUUCGAACCGUUAUCAUCUUAUCAUUGUGCUACUAUGCAUCCUCCUUUUCAUUCUUUUUAUUAUUGUGAUAGUUUUAGCUGUCCAGCUGGGCACUUAUUCUUGUCCGGUCAGUUUCGAAUGCCGGACUGCCGAGUGUCUGGGCACUGCGGCGGCGGUGGUGGAACGCUCAGACACUUCAUUGGACCCUUGCGAUGAUUUCUGGGCUUAUAGUUGCAAUGGAUGGAAAGCUAGGAAUUCCCUUCCUAAAAACAGGGGAUCCUUCUCUGUAAUUGAUCAAUUGAAAAUGAACACCCAUUCGAAAAUUCGACAUUUAAUUGAUCUUGUUCCACAUGAUUCGGAUAGUGCAGCCCCGGAAAGGAAAGUCAGAAGUUUCUACGACUCGUGCCGGGAUUUGAAAGAGAUUGAGCACUGGGUACCGACAAAAAUUAAGCAAGCCAUUCACGAAAUCGGAGGAUGGGCAAUUAUCAAUGAUUCCCCCUCACAUUUAUGGAGAAGAAAUGAUGUCUUGAAAAUGUUGCAAGUGAGCUAUGGCGUGGAGCCUUUUUUUAAAGUACUGGUAGAAGCAGACGACAGGAACCCAAUGAGGAAUAUAAUCAAGCUUGUUCCCAGUGGUCUUGGCUUACCUUCACCUCAUUAUUAUUCAAAACCUCAUGAUGACAAGUAUGUUGUGGCAUAUAAGGAAUUUAUUAUGAAUACUAUACAAACAAUGGAUGUGAAUUUGUUUGAUGCUAGAAGGUUUGCUGAAGAAGUCUUCAAUUAUGAAAGAAGAAUAGCUGAGAUCUUUCCAACACCAGAAACAUUAAGGAAUACUAAAGACCUAUAUACAGUUUUGACUUUGGAACGUUUAGAUCAACUAUCUCAUAGUAUAUCAUGGACUGAGAUUUUACAGAUGUAUUUCCCAAAUGUAGUCACACCUGAUACUGAAGUUGCUGUUCUGUCUCAAGAUUAUUUCAAUAAAAUUUCUGAAAUAAUUUCAUCAACAGAUGAUACUGUCUUAAACAACUAUUACAUGUGGCGAUUGAUGCACACAUUUGCACCUUAUUCAUCUUCAAAAUUUCGACUGGUUGCCAAUAAAUUCAAGCAAACAUUUGAAGGUACAAUGGAUCUGGGUUUAAGGUAUGAGGAUAACUGGGAAGCUUGUAUUGAAAUGACUAGUAAGUUUUUAGGCCACGCAAUAGGAGCCAUGUACGUUCAGCACUACUUUCCACAGUCAAAAUUUGAUAAGAUUCAUGUGUACCUUAAUAAGCUUAUUGGUGCAUUGAGUGAGGUAGCUAGACACAUUCCUUGGUUGAAUGAUGAAGAGAUGCGUGAACAAGCUCAAAUGAAGAUUCGAUCUCUUGGUUUGUUUGCUGGAUAUCCAAACUUCAUUCGUAACCAUACUACAGCUUAUUACAAAGAAUUAAAAGUACAAGCAGAGUACUUCCAAAACAUUAAAGAUGGAGUCUAUUUCUUACAUAAGAAACAAGAAGAGAUGUUGAAAAAUAAAGCUUUAUCAGACUAUAGUUGGACUGUUUAUCCGCAAGAGGCAUCUGUAGUUUAUAAGUACACCGGCAAUCAAUUAAUUGUACCUGCUGGUUUAUUUGAUACUCCAUUGUUUGACCCAGAUGCGCCACUAGCUGUUAAGUAUGGAGUUCUUGCUGCUCAUGUUGCUAAUAAACUUGCAGAAGUGUUUGAUGACAAAGGAAUCAAUUAUGAUGCUUAUGGUACCCUUCGACAGUGGGUUAGCAACAACUCUGUUGUAUCUUUUUCAAAUAAGCAAUCAUGCUUGAAAAAAAUAUUAUCAAAUUACACUUUGGAGGGUGUAAACGCCAUGCCAGAACUCACUAUUGGUUCCUUGAUAGCAGAUAUUGGAGGUGUAAAGAUUGCAUAUGAAGCUUACAGGCGGCAUGCUGAAGAGGAGAAGGAAAUGUUAGAGCUACCUGGAUUGGGCAAUAAUAACCAACAAUUGUUCUUCAUUUCUUAUGCUCAGUCUUUGUGCCAAAUUAUAAAACCUGAGAAAUUGAUGUCAUUGCAAGAUUCAAGUAUGCAGCUUCCUGAAGAGUUAAGGGUUUUGGGGACAUUGCAACAACUGUCUGAAUUCUCUAGUGUCUUUUCUUGUUCGAGGAGUUCUCCCAUGAAUUCCAAGCAGCUCUGCAAUGUGUGGUGAAUUUUUUAAACUGUAUUUGAUUUAUAAAUUUUGAUUAUUUUUAUAAAACUCUUAAAUUAUUUUUAUAGAGUGGAAUCAUUGUCAUGUAAACUGAGUAAUGUUUUGUUGUAAUAUUCUGCUGCAUAUCAUGAAUAAAAAAAAUUCAUCCAUCCAUA